UCGGAGGCCUCCAUAACAAUAUGGGAAGGGAACAGCGAGGGAGGACAGCAUGGAAAAUCACUGGAGGUGCUUCCCGCAGUUUGCGCGCCUUGCCACGGCACUGUUGAAGUAGAGGUAUAUAAUAAUAUACUCGCUCAAGACACACUUCACAUGCAGCCGUCCAGUCUUUGCGGAGGACCGGGGUGACUGCCGAGCACGAUGGUGGAGGCGGAUAUUAAGGCUGAGCUGCUGUCCUCGGCGGUGAUCAAAGUCCGAUCAGUGUCCACCCAGACACGCCCAGACUGCGCCAAGACGAGGCUGGUGUUGACCAAGGUAGAGCCCGACGGACGUCUGACGAGGUCAGUUGGCAAGCGGUCAGGCUCCGAUCGCACGCAGGCUGGUCCAGACUACCUUCAGCUGAGUAAGGUAGAUAGUGGUCGAACAGUUCCAGAAGACGUUCACGUUGGCCCAGGUGACAUCCAGGGAAAUUCAACCAGCAAACGGACAGUGUCAGAUGAACCUCAGACGACAUUAGAUCGCGAGUGGACAGCACCAGAUAAAGGUCACACGACAUCAGACGGUAAGAAAGUCAACCCAGUUGGCGUCCACACUGGACCAGAUGGCAGCCAGACGUGGCCAGUUGGCGAACGUGUGGGCACGCCAGAUGGCAGUCAGAUGACAUCAGAUGACACGCAGUUAGGCCCAGAUGAGCUCAAGGCGGGCCAGGAUGAAGAGGGCUGGGAGGACAGCCCUGGCGGAGAGGAGACAGAAAGGCAGGAGGUCGUCUUCGCAGAGCGGAUCCGUCCUCUGGACCACUACUUGGAAGCUAUAAUGAAGAGGGUUCUCGAAUUUUCGGAAGACAUGGAGCAAGACGCUAUAGAAAACAACAAAGCCAGCACCACCUCUGCCAGAACCAGCAACACAGCAGAUGACCCAGCUAUCGCGGCCACAACAACAACCACUACCAACCCUGCCACCGCUGCCAUCACCACCACCACCACUAACACCACCACCACCACCACACCUGCCGCCGCCAACAUCAGCAACGACAGCAACUUUUCGGGAUCCGAGACGGAUGCGAGCAGCAGCAGCAGCAGCGGCAGCAGCAACAGUGGUGGAGAGGCGGAUCACAGCAACAGCAACGCUUCUCUGACAGAAGUCUUCGGCCGACUCUCCGUCCCCAGGCUCACUUUCAG